AGUGUGCGUGGGUAGAGACCGCCGCGAGGGGAUCGGUCGCGCACGUUGCAAGUAAGCAUUUGUUAGUGCUGCGCGAAGAACGUGUGUAGUUCGUGAUAUUUUAGGUGACUAUACAAUCGGUCACACAUUAUUGCACUACACCCGGCCUCAAAAUGUCAAAUCGAGCAUGGGUAACGCUUGCCACAAACGACUCCUACAGUCUCGGCGCGCUGGUGGUGGCGCAUUCUUUGCGUCGCUCCGGCUCAAUUUACCCUGCUGUGGUGCUUAUUACCCCUUCCGUCACUGAGGCUAUGAGGGAGCGUCUUCGCGCAGUAUUUGCUGAAGUGGUGGUAGUAGACGUGUUGGACUCGAGGGACGCCGCCCACCUCGCACUGCUGAGGAGGCCCGAGCUCGGCGUCACCUUCACAAAAAUCCACUGCUGGAAUCUCACUCAGUAUGAGAAGUGCGUCUUUUUGGACGCCGAUACAUUGAUCGUCCAAAACUGCGAUGAGCUGUUUGAGCGUGAGGAGCUGUCAGCUGCGCCUGAUGUCGGCUGGCCCGACUGCUUCAAUUCCGGAGUGUUUGUCUUCAGGCCUUCAGCUGAGACCUUCAGUAACCUUAUCACAUUCGCCUCGGAGCGAGGCAGUUUCGACGGUGGAGACCAAGGUCUGCUGAACUCAUAUUUCUCUAAUUGGGCGCAGAGCGACAUUAGCAAACAUCUUCCAUUCCUCUACAAUGUCACAUCGGCCGCCUUCUACUCUUAUAUACCUGCCUUGAAACAUUAUGGUCAGAACUUAAAGAUAAUUCACUUUAUUGGUGCCGCAAAACCAUGGCUACAACAUUUCAACUGGCAAUCGCGCUCUGUCGAUGCGCCAGAACAUUUGCGAGAAUUCCUUCAACUCUGGUGGGACCUGUUUGUUGGCCAAGUCCACUCACAGCUAGACACGACCAUGGAUAUGGUCGUAGAAGACUUUCUGGAGAUCCCUCAAGAAGAAACGAUCAAUUAUAACGAGCCAACGGUGAACUAUAGUUACUACGAACCAUCACUAGAUUCUCAUUCUGAAUUUCCGUGGCAUCAUCCCGAUAAUCAAGUUGUAGAUCCCGAACUGAAUGUGCCAGAAAUUGAUAUGAAUGAAUUUCAUAAUCCAUGGGAUAUUUAUAGAGGAAAUAUACCAGCUUUUGUGGCGGAUACCAUACAAAACGAGCAAAAGGCAGAUGAUCAUCAUGAAAUUAGAAAAUAUGCCUGGGAUUACCAUCCACAACAAUAUCAAAACCAAACUGAAAGUCACAAUUACGAACAGAUGGUUCACAGUAAAGAACAUAAUGUACAGCAUCAUCACGAUGAUCACACUUCUAAACAUAAGGAAGAUGUUUGGCAAUCUAAUCAUGAAUCUAGUCCUAAUGAUAAUCUAAUUAAUGUAAAUGUAGAUAUACCUCAUAGUGAUUACUAUCAUCAUCAACAGCAUGAAACAAACCACCAACUACAUGCACAAGACUAUCAUCACAAUGCAUCACAAUAUCACGAAAACAAACCUCAUGAACAUCUAAGCCCCAGCGAUCAACAUAUACAAGAAUAUAACUACACAGAACCUCAUCACACUCAUGAAUAUCACUACGAUCACGUUAGUAAACCUGAAGACAAUAACAACAUAUUUAAUCAAACACAAAAUAACGAAUCUCAUGUUGAUAGUCACGUAUGUCAUGAACAUAGUCUUCAGGAUCACGAACACCACGUAGGUAAGAAGUUAAACGGUUUUACUUUCUCUUCACAAUUCGAAAAACAAAAUAGACCCCAAGUAUAUACUGUAAUGAUGGAUCACGUAAAGGUAAAAAAAGUAAACCAUCAUAUACCAGAAGAGAAAAUGAAUGGAUAUGUGUCCGAUGACGAUAGUGAUAUUUAUGGUGAAAUAACGCCAAGGCAUCCAUAUGAUGGCUUUUACUUAAGGCACAGAAUGACUAUAGAUUCACGUGGGCGUAAAAUCUGCAGCCAUGAAAUACCUGUAAGAUCUCCUUCACCACCGUCAGAGAGUUCUGAAGAAUUUGAAGACGCAUUGGAAACACUCCCAGAGGAAAUUACGGAAAAGGCAUUAAAUGGGGAGGAUAGCCAAACUGGUGUAGCUGGUAACUUGGCACGCGUUGUACCCGGAGCGCCACUGCAACAAGAGGCGGUAGACGAACUAACCAGGCGACAAGGUUGGGAGACCGGGAACAUAGAUUACAUGGGUGCUGAUUCCUUUGACAACAUCUUGGCAAAGAUUUCACAGACAUUGAGCCAGCCACCAAGUUCUGAGCAGCCAGAACCCUCAAAGGAAGAGUCACAGCCUGAAGUGGCAGCCGAUCCCCCAAGCGCACCUGCACCGGCUGAACCUGCUUCAGAACCAGAACCUGUAGCCUCAGAACCCAUGCUGGUUGAAACUCCGUCAGAAAAGCCUGUAGAGGCACCAGUAGAAAAGGAAGUAGCAGUGCCCGAGAAAGUUGAAGUAGCUCCUAGUGAAAUAGCUCCAGUUGAAGUUCCUGAACCGAUAGAAAAGUCUCCCGAAGCAGAAGUUGUUCCCACAGUAGAGGCUGCCAAACCUGUUGAAGAAGCUCCCGUGGCUGCAGUUCCGGUCCCAGCCGACGAGGCUCCCGCUCUAGCUGAAACCACUGAAGCUGCAGGUAAACCAGAGGAAAUUAUUCCUGUUCCAGUUGAAGCGGCGGUGGCAUCGGUGGAGUCUGCAACAGACGUGAAAGAUAAGACUGAUCCUGAAACUGAAAUACCAGUGGUGGCUUUGGAGGCAUUAAAAAUUGAUGAAGCUCCAUUAGCCGCGGAAGUCGAAGCUACAAUAGAGCAGGCAGUACCCACGUCUUAUGUUCCAGAACCCACACCUGCACCAUCAGAGGCAGCGAAGCCAACAGAAACAGCGAAGCUAGAAGCCGCCUCUGACAGCCCACCUCUAGCUAACACUCCGUCCAAGGAAGAAAUUCCUGAGACGCCCGCGGCCAAAUCGGAGGAGCGCCGCAAGCCGGCGGGAAAGCUGCAGCUGCGGCCGCCGCUCGUCGCCGACCCGGCGCUGACGCCCGACAGCGAGGCCGAGGACGCGGCCGCGCUCGCGCAGUCCAUCAUCGCCAGCGAGUUGCGCACGCCCACCGUCACCGAGCCCACGCCGCCCGCGCUCUCCCCCUCCGCCGCACCGCCCGCCGCAGACUCCCGCCUCUCCGUCCAGGAGCCCACGGUGCCCAGCCCGCCCGUCGGCGCCGUCUCGCUCUCACAGAUCGGCAUCAAGUCCAAGCCGACCACCGCCGCCCUAAUAGAAUCAUCUGUCAAGACCGACUCCGCACCUUCCACACCCGAAUCACCCAAACCAGCCGACGCUCCCAAAAAGAAGAUAGUCAAGAAAGUAAUCAAGAAGGAUAAAGAGGGCUCGUCGAGCGGCGAGGCACCCGUUCCGCCGCCGCGGAAGAAGGAAAAGAAGCCCAAAGAGAAAUGAGCGCCCGCGCUUUGCACCCGAAUAGUUCCUCUGUGCCAUAAAUUGUAGCCUCACCUUUAUUUAAUUUCGUAUUCGCUUUAGUGUAUGUGUAACCGUUUUUAUAUUUUAUACUUUUGAUUAAUAAUAAUGAUUAUUAUUAUACUUAUUAAUACUCGCUAUCACACGUCCAUUUAUUAAAAAAGAAUGAUGUACUAUGUAAUUUUUUAUUGCAAUACCUAGAGAUACGAUGUGUUAUUUUAUUAAACAGUGAUGUAUUUGGUUUUUAUUUUAUUUGAAAUGAUUGGAUACCAAAGCCGAUUGACACGUAUAUUUAUAAAGAACAAAGUGUUAUUCAAAUAUUUAUAUUAAAAUGAUUAAAAGUAUAUUUUGAAUU